UUUCAAGAAAGAAAUAAAGCUACUUUGCAUUUCGUAGAGACUAAUGCAAAACAAAGAAUAACAAAGUUACAUAAAUGACUAGCAAGGAAUGCUUCAGCCUCCCUUUCAGAAAGUUCAGUCAGUUCCAAGUAUGCAACUUUUACUAGCAAAAAAGUGGGUCAUAGUGUUGUGGGUUUACUCUGAAGUAUUCUGUAACCACUACCUGAGGCAGAGUUGGUUAGUACACAGCUAGGAAAAAGUUCUAAUUUUGCUGACUCUGCUGAUGUAUCGUACUUUACCAUUCUAAUCUUCGUUUUGUCUGAUGGUAAAUAACUCCCUAACCUAGAAUAGAGUUUUUGUUCCUUAUUUAAGGAUCUUAAGUGACAGAAAGCAUGUUUAUUUAUAUAUACACAUUCUUAUAGCAAUUAAAUGUGCAGAUCACUGCAGUUUUUAAAUUCAAAUGUAUAGGGAAAGAAAACAACUACAGAACCAAUAAAUAGAAUGUUGGAGCUGGAAAGAUUUAAAGACGCUAAUUCUAACCCUGUUUUAAAAAUGAGAAGGCUGAGGUCCAGAGGAUAAUUUGUCUCACAGUUAUUAAUAGAUGGCUAUAGAACUGGGACUGGAGAUUAGGUUUUCUGAUGACUUAAUUGAGUUUUCCAAUAAUGGUCCUUAAGAAACUGAAUUCCCACCCUUACUGCCUAAUUGUGGCCUUUUGAAUGAAGACUGCAUGAACUAUCAUGGACUCUUCCGUUGCAAUGUGGUCUGUCUUACAUUCCCCAUUUCUAUAAUGAAUGAGUUUUCCGAGGGACAGCGGGAAUUGCAUAGAUUUUUGACUAUUUGUAAGUUAAGUCAACUGAAGUUUUUAUUUUCCUGUAUGUGUAGUGUGCCAACCUGUUUUUACAAUUUAUAUUGUGAAAUAAUGUGAGAAGCCUGCUCCCAAGAAUUCUUAGAUCAGAGUGCCGGAGCACGUUGCCGUCCCAGCCGUCUUCCCAACCCAGGGGUGGAACCCUAGUCGCUUGCAUCUCCUACAUUGGCAGGUGGGUUCUAAACCUCUAGCACCACCUGGGAAGCCUUCAUACAAGCUGCUUUUUGAUCUCAAAAGAUAUUUGUUUUUCUUUAUGUUUUCAUGGAAAUUAAUUGGGUGAUUAGGUUACAUUGUGUCUAAAGAGGGUGAGGUUGAAUAGAACAGGAAGAAGUAAACAGUUCAGGGUAGAGGCGGAGGCAGCAGUUGGGCUCGCAGCAAGCGGACAGGGUUGAGUCAGUGCGUUCGCGGGAGUUGGAAUCGUAGCCUCUUAAAAUGGCAGAUGAUUUGGACUUCGAGACAGGAGAUGCAGGGGCCUCAGCCACCUUCCCGAUGCAGUGCUCAGCAUUACGUAAGAAUGGCUUCGUGGUGCUCAAAGGCCGGCCAUGUAAGAUUGUGGAGAUGUCAACUUCCAAGACUGGCAAGCACGGCCAUGCCAAGGUCCAUCUGGUUGGUAUUGACAUCUUCACUGGGAAGAAAUACGAAGGUAUCUGCCCGUCAACUCAUAAUAUGGAUGUCCCCAUCAUCAAAAGGAAUGAUUUUCAGCUGAUUGGCAUCCAGGAUGGGUACCUAUUACUGCUCCAAGACAGCGGGGAGGUGCGAGAGGACCUCCGUCUGCCUGAGGGAGACCUUGGCAAGGAGAUUGAGCAGAAAUACGACUGUGGAGAAGAGAUCCUGAUCACGGUGCUGUCCACUAUGACAGAGGCGGCGGCUGUUGCAAUCAAGGCCGUGGCAAAAUCACUGGCUCCCAGGGUGGCUGUGGUGGCAGCAAUGACCCUCCAGCCUGCAGAGGCCCCCUCCCCCAGCGUGGCCCAGCUCUGGCCUGGCCCUUGGCUGGACUCCUCCUAUGCGAUUUAUUUGACGUUUUAUUUUGGCUUCCCCUACCCCUUCAAUCUGUCAGGGAGCCCCUGCCCUUCACCCUGCUCCCUUGGCCAGGAGCGAGUGCACCAUGGCCUUGCUGAAGCUGCCCUCCUCUUCUCCCUCGCACUACAACCCUGGUGGGGGAGACGGGGUGGGUGCUGCUUGUGGUUUAGUGUUUUUUUUUUUGUUUUUUUAAAUUCAAUCUGGAAUCAGAAAGCUGUGUAUUCUGGCAAAUGGUCCUUAUGCCCUUUCCCAGCUCUUACCUGAUCUGACCCCUUAUUUCCUCCAUAGUCCUCUAUCCCAAGCACCACCCCCACAGACUGGGGACCAGCCCCCUCCCCUGCCUAUAUCUCUCCCCAGAUCCCUUUAGAUGGGGAGGGAAGAGGAGGAGAGUGGAGGGGACCUGCCCCCUCCUCAGGCAUCUGGGAGGGCCCUGCUCCCAUGGGCUUCAUCCUUUCCUGCGGACUCUCUCCCCGACACAUUUGUUAAAAUUGAACCUGAAUAAAACUACAAGUUUAAUAU